AUGUACUUCAACAACUUCUCUAGCGCUGACUUCCCCGGAUGCUACUGGGGCAGCUAUGGCUACCCACUGGGGUACAGCGUUGGCUGUGGCUAUGGCAGCACCUAUUCCCCAGUGGGCUAUGGCCUUGGCUAUGGUUAUAAUGGCUCUGGGAUUUAUAACUACAGGCGCUACUGGCCAUUUGCUCUCUACUAA